GCAUUUGGCGAGGGGAAGGGAAAAGGGGGGGCGCCUACAGAAGUCGUCAUACCCGGAAGCCGGUAGCCGGAAGUGGAGUUGGGCUGAUGAUACCUUAGGGUGGGGAAGCGGAGGCCCAGGAGGAGGGGGAUUAAAAAAAAAAAAAAAGAAGGCGGAGGACCCAGGCUACUACUCUGAAUCUGAUACCCAUUCGCACAGAUCUCAGAAACACAGAAAAAGGAAAGAGUGUCUUGUCCCUGUGCCUCCCGUCCAUCCUGCCCUCAGCCGUAGCCAUGGCCGAGGCAGGGACCGGGCUGAGUGAGACCGUCACUGAGACAACGGUUACCGUGACAACCGAGCCCGAGAACCGGAGUCUAACCAUCAAACUUCGAAAACGGAAGCCAGAGAAAAAGGUGGAAUGGACAAGUGACACUGUGGACAAUGAGCACAUGGGGCGCCGCUCAUCAAAAUGCUGCUGUAUUUAUGAGAAGCCUCGGGCCUUUGGCGAGAGCUCCACGGAGAGUGAUGAGGAAGACGAGGAGGGCUGUGGUCAUACACACUGUGUCCGGGGCCAUCGCAAAGGACGGCGUCGUCCAUCCCAGGAACCGACCCCCACCACCCCUCCCCAGCCUCCUGACCCCUGCCAGUCUCCUCCAGGGCCAAUGCAGCACUAAAUGUCCUCUCUCCCUCACCAUUCUUGUGUCUGUCUGGCCUUGAAUGUAUCAUGUGGCUACUU